UGCCGCUCCUGAGGGUGAGGCUCAGUCUGCCGCUUUGUCCCGCUGAGGACUGUCCCGAAGGAGAGCACCGAGGGGAAAGGGGAGAAGAAAGGAGCUGGAGGAGGGAAGGCACUGAACGUCUCUCCUCGCCGCUGUGUGCAGGCAUCUGAACACACCUUGAACACACACUGAACACACCCUGAACACACCUUGAACACACUGAACACACUCUGAACACAUGGAACACACUGAACACCCUGAACACACUGAACACACACUGAACACAUUGAACACAUUGAACACACUGAACACACUGAACACACCCUGAACACACCUUGAACACACUGAACACACACUGAACACACCCUGAACACACUGAACACACUGAACGCACCUUGAACACACUGAACACACCUGAACACCCUGAACACACUGAACACACCCUGAACACACACUGAACACACUGAAUACACACUGAACACACUGAGCACACUGAACACACUGAACACACUGAGCGCACGCACGUGUGAGGAAGCUGCGUUUAAUGGAGCCUCGGUUCCCGGCAGUGGUCCUGGUGCUCCUGGCGUCUGUGCGGUUUGGGCUGGGGAAGGAGGAGGAGUCGCGGCCGGAGCCCAAGGGGGGGCGCUGCUCCUACACCUUCAUCGUGCCCCAGCAGCGUCUGACGGGGGCGCUGUGCGUGAGCACGCGGGCGGAGGGGGCCAACUGCUCGGAGCUGGCCGCCCUGCGGGUGCAGGUGGGGCGGCAGCAGGAGCAGCUGGACAGGGUGCGGGCGCUCCUGGAGCAGGACGGGGGGCUGGCCGCGGAGGUCCGGGCGCUGCGCAGGGAGAGCGGCGACAUCAGCGGCCGCAUCACGCAGAUCUACGCCCAGCUGCUGCACGACCUCAUCCACAAGAAGGACCACGCCCUGGAGCAGAGGCGGCUGGAGAACCUGCUGCUCAACGCCACCGCCCAGGUGCUGCAGGUGUCGGCCAGGUACGGAGAGAUGGACAGGAAGUACGAAGCGCUUUCCUCCCUGGUGAACAACCAGAGCCUGCUGAUCACACAGCUGGAGGCGCAAUGCCAGCAAAGCCACACACAGCCCGCCCCUCUGCAGCAGGUACACACACACACACACACACACACACACACGAACACCCUUCCCCUCUGCAGCAGGUACACACACACGCACACAGACACACCAACCCUGCCCCUGUACUGCAGGUGUGUUGCGUGUCACAUCGAGCGCACUGUGUGUCCCGUCGCCGCAGGUCCCUGGCAGGACUGCCAGCACGCUCUGGAGUCGGGAGAGAGCACGAGCGGGAUCUACCUGCUGCGUCCCCGCAACGCCAACCGUCUGAUCCAGGCCUGGUGCGAGCAGGACCCGGUCCAGGGCGGCUGGACCGUCGUCCAGCGCCGGCAGGACGGCUCGGUCAACUUCUUCAGAACCUGGGAUCAGUACAAGCAAGGCUUUGGGAAUCUGAACGGAGAGUACUGGCUGGGACUGGAGCACCUGUACUGGCUGAGCACGCAGGCCGAGUACCGCCUGCGGGUGGCGCUGGAGGACUGGCAGGGCCGGCAGGUGUUCGCGGAGUACGACCGCUUCCGCCUGGAGCCCGAGAGCGACUGGUACCGAUUGCGCCUGGGCCAGUACCACGGCAGCGCCGGCGACUCCCUCUCCUGGCACAACAACAGGGCCUUCACCACACUGGACCGAGACAGGGACGCCUACACAGGCAACUGCGCUCACUACCAGAAAGGGGGUUGGUGGUACCACAUGUGCGCCCAUUCCAACCUGAACGGCGUGUGGUACCGCGGGGGCCACUACCGCAGCCGCUACCAGGACGGCGUGUACUGGACCCAGUUCCACGGGGGGUCCUACUCCCUCAAAAGAGCCACCAUGAUGAUCAAACCCGUCUGAGCCCACCAGAGCAUUGCCGGGGCUGGAGACUACCUGGCUGCCAAAGACCUCAGUCAGGGAGAGUUUUUUUUUUUUCCUUCUUUGUGUAAAAUCAGGAAUUUACACGCUGGUCUUGUAGGCCGGGUACCUGGCUCCACUAUUGACACUGAAACAGUUGACACUACAAUUUAAGCCAGAAAAUUCCAAUUUGAAUUAUUUUUUUUUAUUUGGGGGGGGUGGGGGGGUUGUGUUAACAACCAGAGACUCUUGGUUUGAAACACUAGUCCCCAAAUGCCAAUCACGCACUUCAUAACGCAAAUGCUUUGAGCCAAUCGCACACGUCUUUUGCAAAACUUGUCACAAACCUUGUACGUUGACUUUAUGCACAUGCCUGGUACAGACAUUCACAUUCCCUACAAUCACAUGCCAUCCACAGAUAUUCUCCAGCCAAUCGUGCACUACAAUAUAGGCCCACUCUUUAGGAUAUAUAUGUUAUCAUUACAAGGGCAUCAUUAUAUAUGUACAGUCAUCGCCAUAAUAUUUGGGACAAAGACAUAAAAAAAUUUUUUUUUGAUUUAGCUCUGUACUCCACUAUUUUAGAUUUGUGAUCAAACACGUUAAAGUGCACAAUCUCAGCUUUCAUUUAAGGGCAUAUUUUAUACACUUUGGUUUCACCGUGUAGAAAUUACAUCACUUUUUGUAAUAAAUAGUCCUCCCAAUUCAGGGCAUCAUAAUGUUUGGGACAAUUGGUGUCAAUGGUGAUUCUGUUUAUUCAGGUGUGUUCAAUUUCUUCCUUCUCAAUUAUUUGAUUACAAAUAUAAAAUUGGUGGAGUACUGAGCCUAUGUCCCAAACAUUAAUUGUGACACUGUGUAAAGAUGAUGUUCAAUGUUUAAUGUUCAAACAAAUGUAUUUUAACAUUUCAGAUAUAUCAAUGCAUUGUUCAGUGUUGAAAUAGUAAAUUGUUGUUUUGCUUUAAUAUGUAUUUUUAAAAUAAAUGAUUAUAAAUAUGGUUUAUUUCUGA